AUGGGGGGUCCAGCUUAUGAGCGCCUGCAGGAGCCUGUGGAAGUUGCUGAAAGUGCCCCCUCAUCUUCUGCGCAAGAAAACGUGCCUGGCCUGAGCCGACAGAACAGCUCUGAGCGCAGGGGUGCUCACAACUGGAGCAGACGAAGCAGCUUCCGGCAGGAGUCAGGACCGCUGUCUUUAGGCAGCAGGCAGGGCAGCUUCACCCAGAGCAUACCGCAGGGUGGCUCUCGCAGAAGUAGUCACAUGCACCUAGGGCCCCUGGGAGCGCUGCAGGAUGAGUAUCAGAGCAGGCCAAUCACCCCCCUGAAAGGAGAUCAAGGCCCAAGCCUGGCAAUUGCCGGAGGCCUCAUCAGCAAAACGCAUCUGCUGACAACGCUGCAGCUUACAGGAAUAACCUUCUUCGCAGUUGCUGGGGGUCCGUAUGGGUUGGAGGACAGCGUCGGCGCUGGGGGCGCCCUGCUGGUCUUUCUAGGGUUGCUAGUCCUGCCAUUCAUGUGGUGCGCUCCACUGGCCUUCAUGACCGCAGAGCUAGCGUGCAUGAUCCCAGAGUCUGGAGGCCACGUGCUUUGGGUGUACCGCGCCUUUGGUCCUUUCUGGAGCUUUGUCAACAGCUGCUAUGCAUUCUUCUACAGCGUCCUGGACAACGCGCUGUACCCCGUCCUGUUUGUCGACUACCUCUCAGAGUCGCUCUUCUCUCCGGGGUCCAUCUCCACAUCCGUCUCCAUUGGGGCCAAGGUUGGGGUGGUCAUGCUGGUCACGCUGCUCAACAUCCGGGGUGUCGACAUUGUGGGAUCCGCUUCUGUCAUCUUUGGCGUUCUGGUGCUCCUCCCCUUCGUAGUUAUGAUCCUGGCGGGGCUCCCUCAACUCAAUUUCGCAUGGCUCGCGGAUCCCUUCCCCACCACCAUCAACUGGGGGCGGCUCAUCACAGUCCUCCUGUGGAACCUGUCUGGGUUCGACGCUUCUGGGAACUGCGCUGCAGAGGUUGCUGACCCGUCCCGAGCCUACCCCCGUGCGUUGAGCGUGACCGUUGCGCUGGUGACGCUCUGCUACGCAUUGCCAACGUUUGUGGGGAUAAGCGUGCUCCCCAACGUGGCAGCAUGGCACACGGGCACGUUUGCGACUGUUGCUGAGCAAGUUGGGGGGAAAUGGCUCAAGGUUUGGAUGGGCCUGGCCGCAGCACUGAGCGCUCUGGGGCUGCUGCUCACGCGGCUGUGCACCAACUCGAGGCUCGUCUACGGGAUGUCGCUCAUUCGCCAGGCGCCACCUAUGUUCCGCACGCUGCACCCCCGGUACAACACGCCGUGGGCGGCCAUCCUGCUGACGUCCGCCUGCACGCUCUUCCUCAUCGGCUUCAACUUCACCAGCCUUGCCGAGGCCGACAUGCUCUUCUACUCCCUCUCGACCAUCCUCAAAUUCGGGGCGCUGGUCCAGCUGCGCUUCAGCGAGGAGGACGCAUUCCGGCCCUACAUGAUCCCCGUCUCUACAUACCUGCUCGCGGGUCUGAUGCUGGUGCCCGUGUCCCUCUGCAUCGUUAUGGCCUGGAUGGCAUCCCCACAUGCGCAGGGCAUCGCGUUGCUAGGCACGGCGGUGGCGGUGCUGGGGUACAUCGGGAAGGAGAUCUACCGGGUGUACUGGGGCGACAUCGAGGACGAGAUCGAGGAGCUGCAGGAGGAGGUGCAGGACCGCAUGCAGGACAUCCGGGGCCGGAUCGACACCGUGCUCCACGUCAACGAGAUCAAGGGCCGCUGGCAGCGGGCCAUCAGCCGCGCGCGCGGUAUGUCGGACGGAGACGAGCCCGGGGAAGGUACGUCGCCCAAGGCUGGCGGCCCGAAGGAGCGGAAGAGCUUCAAGCAGAGCGAAAUCACCGAAGACGAGCGGGGAAACGCACCGGAGGUCGAUACGUCGCCGUUGAAGGGAGCGAGAGCCUCGCCCGACUUGCGAGUUGCGUCGUCGGAGCGGUUGAGUGAGAUCAAGGAGGAUCCGUUGGACGAAGGAACGGAAUCCGGCGGACUGACCCCCCUCGGGAAGUUGUCUGAUUACACACCUGCCGCGGUUGCCAGAGCAGGGCCCGGUGCGACGAAAGGCCGCAGUGUCUGGCUGCAAGAGCCCUCAAAUAACAUUUGCAGCGCGGACACUUACUUUGCAGGCCAUAAGCCCACUGCGCUGCUUUCAGUAUUCCUGCGGAGGAGCGAUUCGCUGACAUCGCUCCCAACGAAAGCAUGGUAG